AUGAAUAUCAUAGAAGAUGGAGGCAAAAAUCCUUUGUUAAUAGAAAAGCACGAAAAGUAUUUUCGCUUGUGUAUGCAAUCGUUGCCAUCAAAGGCACAAUCCGAAGAUUCAAAUCGAUUAUCGUUGAUAUAUUUUUGUUUACACGGAUUGGGUAUACUAGGUAAAUUGAACUUGACUGACGAUGAAAAGAAAGCAUAUGCGACACAUGUAUAUGCACAUCAGAUAAUAGAUCCAUCAGGGCAGUUUGAGUCGUUCAGAUCAAGCCAAACAUUUCAAUUGGCUGUUGAAAAAGGGAAUUAUGACUUACCCAAUUUAUCGGCUACCUUCUUUGCAUUGAUCAACUUAUUAGCAUUGGAAUCGGACUAUUCGGCGAAGUUAGAUAGGCACAAAAUAAUGAAUUUUGUAAGCAAAUGUCAGGUUACAGAAGGACCUAAUAAAGGAGCAUUUAAACCUGUCCUAGAUAAGGACGGUUAUCCGUUUGGUGAAGUUGACUUGAGGCACUGCUAUAUUGCGGCCAGUAUUAGGAAAUUAUGUAAAUACGAUGAAUUACCAGUUUGUGAUAGGAUAAAUGACUUCAAUGAACAAGACUUAGCUAGUUUUGUCCUAGAGCGGGUUAACUUUAAUGGAGGCUUAAGUUCGAACAAAUUCACAGAGUCCCAUUCGGGUUUGACCUUUUGCGGUAUUGCUACUUUACGAUUAUUGGAGUAUGACUUCACCAAGAAUAUACAGUGGGUUGAAACGACCAAGAAAUGGCUAGUUCAUAGACAGAUAGACUACUCAUCUCCAGUGUAUAAGGGUCAAUCCUAUUCUUACUGGAUGGAGGAAGAUAAUGGAAGUUUCAAUGGGAGGGAAAAUAAAUUUGGUGAUACUUGUUACUCCUGGUGGUGCUCAGCCAGUUUAAAAGUAUUGGAUCCAAAUGGGCUACAACUAAUUAAUAUGGAAAAGGCGAUUGGGUAUUUACUACGUAAAACUCAGAGUCCACUAUUGGGUGGUUUUGGUAAGGAUAGUGAAUCAUUCCCUGACCCUUUUCAUUCAUUCCUUGGAUUAUCUUGUUUAUCGUUAUAUAAAUCCUGCGAAAAGUACAACUACGAGGGAGAAGAAAAUCUACAAGAGAUGGACGAAACAUUAGUUAUCACGAAAAAGCUGAGAGAAUUCCUUAACUCUCAUAUCCAAUUCUAA